GUCUGGUGGACCCCAUUGUAUGGGUGAAGUUGUGUGAAAGGUGGGGCAGCGAUGCCUUCAAGAAAAUUUCAGCUCAAAAUCGGGAGAACCGAAACAAGCAGGCCAUUAAUCACACAUCAGGACGUAAAUCAUUCGUCCGAUUACUUGAGCAAAAGCGCAAUGAGAAUGAGAAUUUGGUCGACUUCUACAAAGAGACGCGUUGGUCGAAGAAAAAGAAUGCAUUUGUCACAGAUGCUACAGAAAGUACUUAUAAGGAGAUGCAAGGUAGGUUGGAUGGCCUAGGACCAGAGCAACGUAGUGAUGAGGCAGCAGCGACUAUCUUUAGGGAGGUUCUUGGCCAUCGACCUGGAUAUGCACGGGGACUUGGGGAAAUGGUCAUCCCCGAGUCAAGUAGACAACGUGACAAAGUUCAAAUGCAACAAUACAUGUCUGAGGCUGAAAAGCACAAGAAAGAUGCUGAACAAUAUAAGAAGGAUGCUGAGCAAUAUAAGAAGGAUGCUGAAGCUUACAAGAGUCAGCUGGAUGAAAUGAGGACAGAGAUGCAGGAGCUGAGGGAGCAUCAGAUAGAAAAUGACAAAGUGAUGCAGUCUUUCUUUAGGGCUUUCCCAUCGUUCACUGAGUCAGUUCGACAGACUCAGUGUAACGAUUCCCCCGGCCCAUAA